UUUCCCACGCACCAGGCAGUCCACCCCACUCGCUUCACCACCCCACUCUCAUCUGCCUGCCGCUUUCCUCACGCCAUGUCCGCGCUUCACGCUCCCCUCCUCGGGGCGCCUGCGAUGGCGACUCCUUUGAUGUUGCCGUUGGGGUCAAGCGGGCGACGGCUCGGAUCAGCUCCACGGGUCGCGCGCUUUUCAGCGGAGAGUGCCGCGGGGCGGAUACGGCGAGCGGCAAUAACCGCCUCCUCCUCCUCCUCCUCCUCACAGCAGCAGCAGCAGCAGCAAGAUCCAGCCCCAGCAGCAGCGCACCAGGCCAAGUCCCCCCAACUAGCAGCAGCAGCAGCACCCGGCAUGUCCAGGCGAUCAAUGUUAGCAGCAGUGACCCUAGGCAUCGGUCUAGGCCACCUCGUAUCCGAAAUCGACACUGGCGCUGGCGCUGGUAUCGGCUCAGGGGCGGGGGCAGUGCGGGGAGCGGCGGUUGCGGCGGUGGGCAGUGACCGGCCCAUGGAGUCGUACGACGAGCAGCGGCUGCUGGAGCAGAACCGCCGCAUCCACCGCCUCAACCAGGCGCCCGACAACUUCCCUGGGUUCAUCCGCCAGGGUUUCGAGGUGAAGGUAGUGACGGGCCCCGAGUACAUUGUGUCGCCCACAGGGUUGAUCUACUGGGACAUAGUGGACGGCCAGGGAGAGCCCCCAUCGUCAGGUCAGGAGGUGGAGUUCAACUACAUUGGGUUCAACGAGGCGGGCCGGCGUGUGGACAGCACGUACCUGCAGGGAAGGCCCGCCAAGACUAGAGUCGGCAUCAACGGCAUGAUCCCAGGGUUUGAGGAGGGCAUCAGCGGCAUGAGGGCAGGGGGUCGCCGGCGCAUCAUCAUCCCCCCUGAGCUUGGACCUCCGACGGGCCCGUCCACGUUCUUCAGUGCCAAGCAGUACGAGGUAUUUGACAUCGAGCUGCUGGCCAUCCGCAGCUGCGAGCGCCGCCAGAUCGUCUUCUACUCGGAUGUGGUGUGCCAGUGAUGGGAUGGGACAGUAGUACACUUCCCACCGCGGAUCAGACCGAUGCUGCUGCUGGUGAAUGCUGAGUGGCGAGUGGUGAAUGGUGGUGAUGCUGGUGGCGCUGGUGGCGGUGUGACGAUGGGACACUGAUACACGUAGGGGAUGGAUCUCUUUGUCAAACAUAUCUAUAACUCAUGUUUGUAUAGACUGUAUAGGGUCACCUCUAAGAGGGUACAACACUCUUAGGUAUAUACCCUUGUACUCUCAUUCUAAACUC